AUGCCAUCCUCCGCUAUGCAGAUCCUAGCCUUUGCCUUGGCACUGCUGGGCAUUUUGGGUGCCACAGUGGCCACCCUACUGCCCAACUGGAAGGUGAGCGCUGACGUAGGCACCAACAUUAUGACAUCCAUCUCCCAGAUGCAAGGACUGUGGAUGGACUGCGCCUGGUAUAGUACAGGCGUCUUCAGCUGCACUCUUAAGUACUCAGUACUGGCACUCCCGGCUUAUCUGCAGACUGCCCGCACCACCAUGGUACUCUCCUGCAUGGUGGGCACCUUGGGACUCUGUCUGGCUGCACUGGGGCUCAAGUGCACCCGCUGGGGGGGCAGUCACAGGGCCAAGAGCCACACGGCCAUUGCAGCAGGGGGUUGCUUUAUGGUGGCAGGUGUCCUCUGCUUAGUGCCAGCCUCCUGGUUCACCAACGAGGUUAUAACCACCUUCUUGGACUCGAAGAUACCCGAAACCAGCAAGUACGAGCCGGGAGGGGCUGUCUACGUCGCCUUCAUCUCAGCCGGGUUCUUGCUCGCUGCCAGCGUCAUCUUCUGUCUGUCCUGCCCGAGCAAGAGAGAAGGUCCACUGGACUUUGGGUCAUCCCAUCCAGACAAACUGGUGCAGCACCAGGUACAACAGGAGCAGGUGAACUGCGACAAGCUACGACGAGAGCAGCAACGGCGAGAGCAGCAGCAGCAGCAGCAGCAGCAACAACAGCAGCAUCAGGAGCUUCACUACGAGGAGCCUCCACAGUCUGAGUUGCCCGAGCGUGAGCAACCGCACUGGGAGAAACUACCGCAGGAGAAGCUCCAGUCCAACGACCUAAAGCAUGAAACACCGAAAAAGCUCCUGCACGAGAAAGGGGAACAGUACUACUCCCCAUCCCGCAACCGGCCUCAGGACAUCCGGACGGGUUACAUCCUGCAAGACUACGUGUAA